AUGAUACAAUACAAUACAACAUUAUCCAAGUCUGACCGACGAGAACAAUUAGUUGCUCAGCUAAGUGUUCUACCUACGUUCAAGCCAGUCAACGAAUUUGUAGUAUAUCAUAUUUAUGAUACCACCUCUGAAUCACUAUUACACUAUCUGAUUUCCAUGGCACGCACAACAACAAGAUAUACUAUUGAUACUGAACACGAUUGCUUCACGAAUGAAGCUGCAUUGAUUCAAAUCGAAUUCAUUAAACAAAAGUCAAUUGUUCUUCUGAUCGAAACGUGCUAUCUACCAGAACCAACAUCAGUUACAUUUUGGUUGAUCCAAUCACUUUUCGCCGCCAUUUUAAAUCCAGUCAACCUAGUCUAUGCGUGGGGUGACGCCGUGCAUGAAUUAACUCGAUUUUUACAUUACGAUUUGUUUUCAUGGACUGUUCUUCAGCGAAUGGGUACUAUCAACAUGCAACGUGCCUUCAAAGCAUGGUAUAACAGAGUCUUCGUUCAUGAUUGUGGUCUGCACCCACAUGAAACAGAUUCGACGCUUUGCACAUGUGAACAUCGACCAGUUAAAGAUAAAAACUAUCAAUGGUCGCUUCAAAAAGCGAUUGCAUACACAUUUCAAGAAUAUCUCGACAAACGACGAACAAGGAGUAAAUGGCAUCGUUGCCUUCGCAGCCGAAACGAAACUGAACAAGAACUAUGCAAGGAAUUGGUUUUAUAUGCCGUCAAUGAUUGCUUAUCUGUUACGAAAUUACGAAUGUUGGUGGAGUUCAACUGGACCAAGGAGCAACUUGACAGAUACAAUCGUAACAAGUGA